AUGAAUCCAAGGACCCCUAGAUCACUUGGAGUCUUUCAAGACCUUGAUGCACCUUCAGGGGGUGGUGGACGAGAUCAUGUGCAGAGCCUUCCCCACCAUGUUGAAGGGACCCGUAAGGAUCUGGUUCAGUAUAAGAAGUCCAUUUCGUGCCUGAUGAACAUUAACCUGCGGGAGGACGAGACGUUGAGAUUUUACAUAACUCGUUUUAACAAGAAGACCCUCUUGAUUGACGAAGCUGAUGACAAGAUAUUCGUAGCUACAUUCACGAAUGGGCUAAGGAAGGGUAAGUUCCUAUUUUCUCUUUAUAAGAAUAACCCAAAGACUAUGUCAGAUGUUCUUUACAGAGAAACCAAGUACAUGAACGCAGAAGAUGCACUACUGGCCCGAGAAGAGAAGCCCAAGAAAAGGGAAAGAUGGGAAGAUGUACGACUGGAUAGGGGGCGAAAGAUGACUAAGACUGAAGAAUGGCGGGAGGAUAGGUGCUCCAAGCCCCCCGUAGGGAAGUUCACGAGCUUCGCCCCGCUGACUGCCCUGAUUGACCAGGUUUUGAUGCAAAUUAAGGACGAAAAAGCCCUGACCUUUCCUGGCAAGCUGAAGGGAGAUCCUAAUAAGAGGUCUAGAGAUAAGUACUGCCGCUUCCACCAUGAUCACAAUCAUGACAUAGCUGACUACUACGACUUGAAGUAA